UUCUGAUCAGUACUCACACACAGGCAGCUGGAAAGAUCCUCGGCCAAUGAUUGAAUGAAGUGGCCGAUAAGUCUGUCUGAUGGGUUACCUCCACCUUCAUCAUCGGCUGCUGUCGGUGCUCGCCGUCUUCUAUGCCGCUGCCGCAGAUCCGCCUCUCAACACGUCGUCAUGGCACACGCCAGAGAAGUGGAAGCUACUGUCUCGCAGGUCAACGAUCUCGGAAUACAUAAUACACAGCAAUGCCUGUGGCGCGUCUGUAUUCAGGUUCCAAUUUCAGUCACAGCACACCGUAAGCAGUUACAGUGCAUGCAGCCUGUCUGCCUGACAUUCAUGGGUAAGACGUGCGUCAUUUGCACGUGUGGCGUACGUACUUCGCAGAUCACUCCCAGUGGCGCUCUCGAGUACGCCUUUCGUAUCAUGCCCCUAGAGAACCUGACGGAACUUGUCGAGUGCGCUUCGUGCCAGCAAGACGCCGGGGCGCUGAGGGAGUUUGUGGAUGAGUCGGGGCUUCUCUCUGUGCUACCCAACGACACGGACAGCACUCUCGAAGCAAACGUCUGUGCCACGUCCUUCAUCGUCUGUAUCCGAGACGAGGCGACAGAUGAGGAAGGCUAUGUCCUGGCGCUGGUCGGGGCGAUGAGCUUCAGCGAUGUGUCGCCACUGCCUCAGAAAGUGGCAGCGCGUAUAGGGCUUCAGCUGACACUCAGCCGAUCGUUCUAUGACUUACGGGAUGUGCUGGUGGUGUUUCUGUUUGAGAUGCCCUUCACUGGACAGCUGGACGAAAGACUAGGAGAAAUGACCUCAAUCAGGAUCAUCGAUAUACACUCGGUAAAGAGAGAAAGACAGACAGGAAGAUAAUGUCACGCAGUCAACAGUGCUGCUGUCUGGUUUGCUUUUUCUGUGGUGUAUGGUGUCAGACGGAGCUCUCUGGCCCAAUGCCAUCGUCGAUUGGCAACCUGAGCAACUUGCAGGCACUCAUGCUUGAGGGGCAGAACUAUACCAAUGCACCUGUCCUGGGAGGCCCUCUACCGACAUCUCUUCUUGAUCUCUCAGCGCUGGAAAUCUUCACUCUGUCCUUUACCAAGUUUGAGGGCUUCCUGCCUUCAGCUUUCUGCAUCCGGCUGACAAAAAUGCGCGUGAUCAUAUCGCGCCACGGGGGAUUAACAGCGACCAAUGGUCGGCUGCCUGAGAGCCUCGCUGAGUGCCGCAACUUGGAGAUCUUCUGGUUCGAGGCCAUCGGCCUCACCGGGCCAGUGCCGCCUUACAUUGGGAACUUCACCCGCUUAACCAUACUGGACCUCUCGAAGAACAACCUAGAUGGGCCUUUUCCGCCUUUUCCAUUCUGGGCCAAACUGCGCGAGUUGCGGCUUCUGAAGCUCAACACCAAUAGCCUGUCUGGUGAGAUACCUGAAGGGUUUGGGGCGGCCAUGCCGGACCUCCUUUGGGUGUCUGUCUACCGCAAUAGAGUAAGCAAGCAUCGAGAGGAGAGUCAACAAGGUGAUCGGUGUCUUCUUGUGUGUCCUCCUUCCCAUUGUCAGCUGACUGGUCCACUCCCUGCCUCUCUCGGGCAAGCCAAGGAGCUCAGGCGGCUGGACGUCUAUGCGCAGGACGGCGAGGGCAUGUCGGGGCCUCUUCCACCGUCACUCGGCAACUGCACCAAACUGAAUACUCUCAACCUUCGGUUCAACAACUUCUCAGGCCCCUUGCCUGAGUCCUGGUUACAACUCACGGCGCUCGAGUACUUGAGACUCGACAGCAAUAAUCUAAGCGGUACACUACGGCCGCUGGCGUCGAUGAAGCGGCUGCAGACACUGAUGUUCGGAUACAACCAGGUGAGUUUGACCUGACGCAGAUGUAGCAGUCGAACUUUCAAUACAUCUUUCAACCAUUGCCUGUUGCCCAGUUGGAAGGCCCACUGCCCGCCGAGCUCGGCAGCUUCACUGAGCUGCAGGAAAUCCACGGAGCGGUCAACAGGUCGGCUUAGCCACACGCUGUGGACACGUGCUCUGUACACUCUGUGUAUCUAUGCCUUCAGAUUGACAGCUCUGCCGCCGUCUAUCGACGGCUGGAAGAAAGUCUCUUUCAUCGACGUACGCAGCAACGCCAUUCAAGGCCGCCUCCCUCCGUUUGGCCACGCAUCAGCUCUCCGAGAGCUGUAUCUGGCCGACAACCAGAUCGAAGGUUUCACAGACAACGGAACCAUGCCAGAAGGGUAUGCAGACGGGCAGAGAAUGACACGGACAGUGCAUGUUGUCGCAAGUUCACGCUCUCACCUGCAGGUUGGUCACGUUGAACAUGGAGUUCAAUCGGCUGACGUCAGUUCCGGAAGGUUGGAACAGCAUGCCUGCGUUGGAGGAGAUAUUUCUCAAGGGCAAUCAGCUCACCGGAUGGCCGACGUGGGGGAGGACUCCUGCACGAUUUUGUCAGGCGAAUGCUCGCAGUACGUGUGUUUGUGCUUCUCAUUUUCCUUCGGGCUGCAUCGCUUGUCACUUGCUUUGUAUUUGUUGGGCAGUCACGCCGCACAUCACCCUUUAUCUGCUGGCACUGCCGGCGCCUCCCUACUGGCCGGUCAUCCAACGUGUGAGUGGGCACCGCACCGAAGGGCACUCAGCAGCGGCACUGUCAUCAUGUGAGCUGCUGACAUAUAUCGAUUUUGCAGGCCGACUUUUCGGGCAAUCCUUUGGGCGUUGAAGUGAGAGACUUUAUGCAGACGUUCCGCGAGCUCAACACGUGAGAAGAAGAGACACUCACCGUCGGGUCUGAUGUGGGAGAUGUGCUUCUUGUCUGUUUCCAGGCUGAUGACUUUGAGCUGCGCUGGCUGUGGUCUCACGGGGCGCCUGGACUGGUAAAGGGGGUUGAGGCAGACACGUAUAUCGAUGCAUUCACUAUUCCCCUUUCCCUCAGCGACUCGGUGACCUUCUAUGACCGCAGUAGUCUGUCAAGAUAUGGCAACACAGAGUUCACCGAAAGAUCCGUUGUAAGGAAAUAUGCACACACACAGACUCUGCUCAGCCCUACAUCACCCUCUCCUUGUGUUAAUGUGUGCAGGCCGCCUACCCGACUCUGCGCCCGGGGUUCGUUUCUCUUACGCGGCUCCUCCUCAGCCACAACUCGAUUGUCGCCCUGGAUGAGUUGCGGCUGAGGAAUCUGGCGCGUGCUGACCUCUCGUCAAACGCUCUCGAGAGCGUCCGCGGUGAUUGGCUUGCCGGUCUGGACGUCAGAAUCGAUGGCAACCCGAAUCUCAGAAUCGACCGUAUCGAUGACAGCCUGGACAUACAGGUGGGUCACGUGGAUCAGGCCAUGACAUGAAGGCCCGCCGUGUUUGGAUGUCUACUCUGUUCUGCCUGCAGAGCUGUGAGGACGUGUUGAGCCUAAAGAACGUCUCCGCUGACACACUGGUGCCAAACCCUGCUGGUGAGGGAAAACAUUCACGGAGAGCCUAAUGUGUCUGUCUUUGUGUGCAGCGUACGUCCCCCAGAGAGACCCGAAAGGCCUGUCCAACUCAACUUACGAGUGCACCACCCUCUGCAACACUUGGAUAAUGGUCGACUUCAGCGUGGCUGAGGAGAAGCUCUGCCGCUGUCUGCCUGGCUACAGCGGCACGGGCAAGGCCUGCACCAUGUGCCCAGCGGGCACCCACAGCAACAGACAGGUCGGCACACAAUCGUGCCAGCGAUGCCCCGAUGACGCAGGUGAGCGCCGACACGAACAGACACCCAAUCUGCGUUCUGUUGGUCUACGAGUGUGGUUGGCAGAUUCUGAGGAGGGCUCGGCUGCCUGUUCCUGUCGUCUUGGCUACGAGAAGAGGGGCAACGAGCCCUGCGAGCCAUGCACGGCGGGAUCUGUCGGCGUGCGCAAUGCCGGCAGUGACGGAAGUCGCAGCAGGUGGAUCUGCCAGGACUGUCAGGAGGGAUUGGACUGCUCCGUCCCCAUCAACUACAAUGCGAGUGUGCUGCCAAGGUUCUUCCAACUCACUGCCCGCCUGCAGUCGGCCGGCGCAUCCCCCAGUGCCACACGAGAAGUGACGACGUAAGAAGCAGGACUGAGGGGCAAGUAGGCAUUUCGGUAUGGUGCCGUCUGCGCUUUCAGGUAUGGCGCCGGUUUGACUGAGUUGCCCAUAGUCAUACCGUGCCCAUUGCCGGCGUCGUGCAAAGGCACUGACAAGGCAUCUGGACUCAACAUAUGCUCGGUGAGAGCCAACAGCUGUCCUUUCUCCCAGGCCGUCACCACUGUGACAUGUCUGUGCAUCGUCUGUGUGCCAGGAGGGCCAUGAGGGCUUUGUGUGCAAUCGGUGCAAAAGGGGCUUCUCGCGCCAGACGCCCCAGCAGCCGUGCGCCCCAUGUGCGGCCCUUUGGCAGAUCGUCGUGGUCAACGUGUUGCUUGUCGUCGCCACGCUGCUGGCCAUCUUCAUUCUGACGGCACUCGCUGAACGGUCGGCUGGUGUGAGGCGCAUAGUCAUCUGCCAACUCGUCUGUCUGCAUGGCUGUGUUCUGUUCGUUUGUGCGUGGCGUCACACAUUCAGCGCCGCGGCCACACAGAGGGCUGAGGUCCCCUCCCAACUGACCAAAAUCGGACUAUCGCACAUCACCGCCGUACGCAAUGCACUCACAUCGCUCGCAGGACGUCCCCCACCGGUGUGCGCAUGUGUGUGUGCAGGUAUGUGGGCUGGCCUUUCUCGUGUUCGACGAGUCCCUCUGGGGCGAUCAGAUAUCCUGGCUGAUCAGCUCGUUCUUUGGAUGGAGUGGCGGUGUUCCGCAAAGCUAUCAGGUGGACAUGUGCAAGAAAACACUCAAACAUGUCCGCCGUGCCAUCCGCCGUCCUGUCCUGUCAGGUGUGGGAGUGUCUGUUGCGGCCAUACGUGGGCGACAAAUGUGUGCUCUACCGCCAUUCUGUGUGGUUGGGGCUACCGCUGAUCUGGCUCACUGCUGUGCCUCUCAUUGGUAGCGACUAAUGCACUCAACCAGAGAAGCGAUGGACUGUGGUCAUUUCUCCUUCCUGUCGUGUCAUCGAGUGCAGCGAGUGGGUUUGAUAAAUUGCGCGACGCACUCAAGUCGAAGCGGCGCAUCGGCACCGACGAUUCAUUCGCCACCGACACCUACCUCCGAGCCCUCUCAGCGCCGCCAUCGGUCACCAACGGAAAGGCACACAAGGCCACCGCAGAGGGUCCUUACCAGCGAGCAGUCACAUUCCAGGAGUCGGCAACCGAGCCAGAGACGCCCGCCUCAUGCCAGCACUCCCUGGCGGAGCCCCGCAAGAGCGGCCGAUGGCGGCAGUGGCUCGACGACCGCGGCACCAUGAUGGUCGUGAUUCUCACGUUCAUUCACCCCACCGUCACCAAGAGUAUGCUGGCCCUCCUGCGCUGCCGAUGGUAUCCCUAUGUGACGGAUGUGAUCCCUAUCGCCCCCGGCGAGGGUGUCAGUCGGCUGCCUUUUGACCCGAGGGACCACCCAAGGCCCCGGAUGGACCUCGAUCCACACGUCAUAUGCCGGUCGGCCGAACACGCGCCGUUCCUCUGGAUCGCUGUGGCUGGUCUGCUGCUGUGGACCUUCGCGCCCGUCAUAUGUGGCGUGGCGUUUCUGUGGCGGCACAGAGACAGUCUACAGGACCACCACACGCGGAGGCGAGUGGGCUUCCUCUACACGGGAUACCGGAAGCACUUCUUCUACUGGGACGCAGUGCUUGCGAUGAGGCGGGUCUUGGUGCUGCUUAUCGCACAGCAAGCGACUUCGGAGAACAGACAGCUGCUGGGCUGGACAGUCAUCGCCGCAGCGUGUCUGGCGCUGCACUUCGCCGUGUGGCCCUUCGACCGAGGCAGUAUGGACAUUCUCAAUUUGACAGAGCUGAGAGGGCUGCUGGUGUGGCUCAUGUCGCUGUUUGUCAUGCAAUUCGUUGUCAUACUGCCCGAGGGGACCUCCUUGGCCAUCGCCCUGGUGCUGGUGGUCAUUGCGGUCAACCUGGUCCACUAUGUCAUGGUGGCCAUUCAGAUAUGCCGAUUUGGUCUGCUGCAAGUGGGCUACAGAUACACGGCCCUCACGGACCGCAAACAGGCCAUCGGUGGGCUACAGAAGCGCACACACUCUCUCUCCUUUGUUAAUCGUGUCAUCCUCUUAUCGUUUGUUCAGCUCGUUUGAUGACCGGUUGUUUGACGGGCCCGAUUGUGUCGUGGCUGAUCCACAGAGAGGAGCAAAGACGAGAGGUCGCCCCCAAAGUCUUCUAUGACUGGUCCAGCGCGGCCCUCUCUGUGGACGGCCCCCCUGCUGCUGCCUCUGCUGCC